AUGGCAUUUCCUCUGUGUAUUUCCCAUUUUGCCCCUUUCAUACACCUUUAUUUACUCUUACUCCUACCAUCCCCCAUCUUCAUCGUCGACUCACUCGUCAUCCCACACGAAUUCGAUCUGAAACCACCGGAAAAUCGACCGCCGAUGGGGCCUAACAUCACCAAAGCCCUAAUGGACGCCAACAAUUUCAAUAUAGCAUCAUCAAUGCUUUCAGCAUCGGGAGUCCUGCAGGAAAUCGAUACUGAAAAAGGUGGAGCAGGGAUAACCCUGUUCGUCCCUACCGACGAUGCUUUCAUCGAUGUACCGGCGACGGCAAACAUUCAAUCGUUACCGGCCGACCAAAAAACCAAUUUGUUACGUUUUCACGUCUUGCUUUCAUAUUACCCAUUCGGAUUGCUGAAAUCGAUAGUGAACCCAUUUCAACCGACCUUAGCUACUGAAGAUAAUGGAGCCGGCAUGUUCACCUUGAGCAUUUCUCCGGUUAACGGGUCGGUUGCGAUUAGGUCGGGCAUCGUUGAAACUUCGGUGACCCAAACCGUAAUUGAUGAAAACCCAAUUGCAAUUUUUGCGAUUUCGAGGGUUUUACUACCGAAAGAAAUGUUCGGGAAAUAA